GGAGCGAUACAGGUAUGUGUUGAAACUUUACGUUACAUAUCUGUAAUUACGAAGUAAUUCUGUGUUAGCAUUCCCAAGUGCCGAUAAGAAACCUCGGCUCUCUUGCUGGAAGCUUCAUCGCCAAACCAAUGGGCACAUCACGUUCUUAUCUCUCAUUGCUUCCCACACAUGACCAGGGCAGUCAUCAAUGGAUACCUUGGCUAUCAACGCACAGCUGAAGUUGCUGAACACUUUCCCCGACCCACAUCUCACUGGAAAACACUACCGGCCUCAUGGUAUUCCCGGCUCGCCGCAUGGUGGCGGCCUACAUCCACUUGCGGAGGCGCGGAGAGGCUAUGUAUUGGACAAUACAUCCUGUACAAUAACCUUAACGAGUCGUUUCUUAGGUGUAUGUAAGCUCUGUUGAGCUCAGCCUCUACCUAGAUUACCUUAGUACCUUACUUCGCUUAUCUGCUCUUCCGGUGGCCGUCCGGUCCUUCCAUGUCGAUAUAAGUGUGCCGAUGGAACAACCGAAGAAAAGAAAGAGCAAUGGAUGCUACAACUGCAUGAAGAGGCGGAUCACCUGCGAUAAGUCGCAGCCACACUGCCAGAAAUGCAUCAAGAAACAUAUCCCGUGCCCUGGGUACGGCGUCAGGUAUCGAUUCGCCAAAGCCAAGGGGCCUCUGGAUACUGGCACCACAUCUACAGCGCACACUCCCAGCAGUAGCAAGUCAUCUGCUCACUCAUCAUCACCUACGAGAGACAAGCUGAGAUGGGUCCAAUGCUAUUCGGGCACCGGACAGGCCAAAUCUACUAGUACUAGUAGUAUUACUAGUAGUAGUACUUCUCAUGUUGUCGGCUCUGCAUCGACAACGCGGUCCGUCUCGGUACUUUGCGAUACCCCAAAACCAACGAGCGUCAAGGGAGCCUGGCCAUAUCCUCCGGAGGGCUUAGAAAGGGGAAGCCCGUGUUGUACAGGCGAGUCACAACAGCUGUCAGCACAUUCACAUCCUGAACCGCCUCACGUAUCGCUAUCGACCGGUGUCACGUUGCCCCCGUUGCUGGCGGCGCAGGACAAGACUGUCCGACAGCUGUUUGAUCACUUCGCCAAUCAUGUGUCUCCGGCCAUGCUCAUGUUUGACGACGAGGCCAACGGCUACCGAUACGAGAUCCUUCCUCUGGCGCACGUCGAUCCCGUGGUUCGGCGGGCCGUCUGCGUCGCCGCCGCGUUCCACUUGUCGAGCAGAAGGCCUGAACUGCGUGAGCCAGCCGAACGAGGCAGGGGCGCCAUCAUACGCAAACUGCGAGAGACGGCGCCGCAGAGCACUACCCAGCUAAUGCUCGACGAACGCGCCUGGGCCGUGGUGCUGUUGCUGACCGUUGCCGACCUGGUCGUCGGCCAUGAACAUGUCAUGCUGCUGUACAGGAUGUUGAGUUGCUUUAUGAGUUCCUGGAGUAGCAGCGCAAAGAAUGCGCGGGAUGGAAAGCCGGCAUCCAGCCUCGGUGCCUUUUUAUACUACCAAUCCCAUCUCUUCACCCAGGUCCUGGACGCGCCCCUGACGAGCAUUGAGCGGUACGCGCCUCGCCAGCGGACAGCGACGUCGACGUCGACAAGCCCGCAGGUUGCGAACAUGAAGCGCAGCGCAUUGCAUGUCCCAGGCCGAGGCGGCGUUACAACAGCAAAAACAACCAGCUCACUCCCUUCAACUUCUUCUCGCAGCCCCUCAGCAGCAAAAGAAGAUAGCGUCAUGGCUUACACGAUCUCGCUUCACGAGAGCAUAAUGCGCUGCGCCGUGGAGAUGUACAUUCUCCGGGCCCGGUCGGACGACGACUCGUCGCCCGAGGGCUGCUGCUCCCAGGGGCAGGGGCAGCGACGCCUCCUGAAUCAGGCGUACCAUGACGCGGCCGCCGCUCGGACGGCUCACCUGCGUGCUUUGUUCGAGCGGCUGGACCUGUCGGCUGCCGGUGCUCACAUUGUUGUCUGGCCGGCCUUUGUGGGCGCCGCCGAGGCUCUGAGCCAGGAGGACCGCGACUUUUUCGUGGCUGUGCUGAAGAGAAUCGCCCAUGAGACGGGCUAUGGGAAUGUCUUGCGGGGUUUGGCGGUACUGCCGUCGUUAUGGGAGAGAGACGUUCGAGAGAGGUGGACUGCCACGUUGCCUAGUCUUGGGGUUCUGGUUAUGUAAAGGCUUAACCCGUGGCUUUCCCUUAGGAAAGCGGAAUAAUAUAGCUUUUCGUAAGGCUCAAGAUCAAUAAU